GGAGUUGUUGAUGUCCUCCAUAUUUCUAUUUGCCUUUCUUCCUAAAGCUUCCUCUUUCCUUGCAGGGGCAGUUGAAAUUGUAUCUCUCAAUGCCCAGAGGAAGAAGAAGAAGAAAAAGAAACACCAUGAGAAGAAAAUUAAUUAGCCACGCCUUCUGUGUAAACAUCCCUAAUCUCCCUUCCUUCCCUUCCUCCAUGCUCAAAACAGCCGGACGUCAACUCCGCCGCCUCUGCCCCCGCAUCCGCUGGCCGCGCCACAGCCUUCAAAACCACAAAAUCAACAUCCCCUGUUUCGCAUCCCGUUCCAAAUCCAACACCAACACCAAUAUCAAAUCCAUCAGCAAACAGUCCCUCAUCAAUCCCCAAAUCUCCUCCUCCCCCGACCUCCCCUCCCCAUUCCGCAUAGCCACCUUCAACGCCUCCAUGUUCUCCAUGGCCCCCGCAGCUUCUAACUCCCCCGAGCACACUCUGCAACACAAAUCCACAAACCAUCAGCCGAGAAGCAUCCUGAAGCAACUGCCCACUCUAACCAAACCAAAGCUGAGAGUUUCCAUAAAUCUUCCUGACAACGAGAUUGCGAGGAUGGGUAAAGGUUCGAGCUUUAGAGCAAGGAGGGAAGGGGAAGGAAGCAGGAGAAGCGUGUUGGAUGUGUUGAGAGAGGUGGAUGCGGAUAUAAUUGGGUUGCAGAAUGUGAAGGCUGAGGAGGAGAAAGGGAUGAGACCUCUUACAGAUUUGGCAGCCGGGUUGGGGAUGAAGUUUGUAUUUGCUGAGAGCUGGGCGCCGGAGUAUGGUAAUGCUGUGCUUUCUAGGUUUCCGAUUAAGCAGUGGAAGGUUCAGAAGGUUUUUGAUGAUUCUGAUUUCAGAAAUGUGGUGAAGGCCACCAUUGAAGUACCAAGAGUAGGAGAAGUAAACUUCCACUGCACCCACCUUGACCAUCUUGAUGAGAACUGGAGAAUGAAGCAGAUAAACUCAAUACUUGACCACAACGACGGGCCUCAUAUUUUGGUUGGAGGACUGAAUGCUCUUGAUGAAACCGAUUACUCUGAAGAUAGAUGGGCUGAUAUACUUAAGUACCAUAAAGAGAUUGGUAAACCAGAACCAAAGGUUGAAGUGAUGAAGUUUCUAAAAUCAAAGCAUUAUGUGGACGCCAAGAAUUUUGCUGGAGAAUGUGAAGCAGUUGUUGUAUUGGCUAAAGGACAGGAUGUGCAAGGGACAUGCAAGUAUGGUACAAGAGUGGAUUACAUAUUGGCAUCACCGACCUCGAUGUAUAAAUUUGUGUCUGGUUCUUAUGAAGUUCUUUCAUCGAAGGGCACGACAGAUCAUCACAUUGUGAAGGUUGAUGUAGUGAUUGAUAAAAGCGUUAGUGUGAAGGAGGAGAAGAGUAGACAAAGGAAGCAAAGAGAUUUAAAGAUAGAAACGGAUAAAUCUAAAGGUUUUUGGAAAAGUAAAUUAUGAUUUGUAAUGGAUUCAUAUAAAAGGUUUUGUACAUUGCUCUGAUAUCACUAAUAAUGUCUAUAUUGACCUCCACAUUUGCUCCUUUUAGCAAUGUGAUCAAAUGCGUCGGAGACAACGAACAACAAUUGUCGCACCAAAUGAAAUUAACUAAACAUUGCUCAACCUGCAAAACAUUUAGCACAUGCAUGUCAGGAGCUCUCAAAAUAACAUAAGGGGAUAACUCGAUCAACAUGAAGGCUAUCGUGCUCAAUGUCACACAAAACAGAGUUGAAUCUCUUUAAAAAUGUCUUAGUACAAAAUGGAGCAUGUCACCAUAUUUGAGAUGUUUAAAGUGCACUUGGAAGGCUUUUCAUUGAAGACGAUAAACAAUGAAUGUGACGACUCCCAAAUUGAUGCCAAUUCAGUACAAACACUAUCAUGACAGCCCAAAAGAUGCUCAUUUAGUAAAAGGACUUCGUCUUCCCUUAUAGAAUGUAAAAAACUACCAAAAGAGACUUCUCAUAGUCAAUUCAUGUGA